AUGUCGUCACCGAGCGCUGGGAAACGUCGUAUGGACACGGACGUCAUAAAGCUUAUUGAAAGUAAGCAUGAGGUGACAAUAUUGGGCGGUUUGAACGAGUUCUGUGUAAAAUUCUUUGGACCUCCGGGCACCCCAUACGAAGGCGGUGUGUGGCGAGUGCGUGUCCACCUUCCUGACCACUAUCCAUUUAAGUCUCCAUCUAUCGGCUUCAUGAAUAAGGUCUACCACCCCAAUAUAGAUGAGGUGUCAGGCACUGUGUGUCUUGAUGUCAUCAACCAGGCUUGGACAGCAUUGUAUGAUCUGUCAAAUAUAUUCGAAUCUUUCCUGCCACAACUGCUCACUUACCCGAACCCAAUCGACCCACUGAAUGGAGACGCGGCAGCCAUGUUUCUACACAAGCCCGAGGAGUACAAGAAGAAAGUAACAGACUACGUGCGAAGAUUCGCAACGGAAGAGGCGUUACUCGAAAAGGACGCCAUAACAGGUAUGGGGGCCACGUCCGCCUCUUCUGGUACCAAGCCGUCCAAUGGCGCCGCGAGUGACACCGAGAGCUCCAUGUCAGAGUUUAGUGACGACGAGGCACACGAUAUGGAGUUAUAA